AUGGGGAUUGCCCCUACAAGAGAAAUUUCCGGCCAGCUGCUCAUAAAGUUUGACAUGUAUAUUCUGCCGCCUCCCCAGCACCUAUUGCUUCGUUGUUCUGUGUAUCCAACUGUACAAUCUCCCUAUCGUCAUCUAGUUGAUAAAAUAUUGAUGACUCUGAGAUCUCAGGGAGGUAUAAAGGCCUUACUGGGAAUUGUAAGAUGUGGACAUCCCGAUGUUCUUUCCCAAGUUGCACGUGGAAUUGCUAACUUCGCAAAAUGCGAGUCUCGGGCUUCUAAUCAAGGGAUAAAAAGUGGCAGGUCAUUUUUGAUAGAAGAUGGUGCACUUCUGUGGAUGGUACAAAAUGCUAAUAAUGAAGUUGCAUCAAUCAGGCGUCACAUUGAGCUUGCACUCUGCCACAUGGCACAACACGAAGUGAAUGCAAAAGACAUGAUUAGUGGAGGAGCUCUUUUGGAGCUUGUCCAGAUUUCACGGGGUUGUUUACGGGAGGACAUAAGGAGUCUUGCUCGUCGAACCUUGAGUUCUAUCUCAACAUUCAAAUCUGAAUUGCGGAGCUUGCGUAUGGAUUAUUGAUUAAGUAAAAUGGCCAUUGAAUCAAUGAAGGGCAAUUCAUAGUUUUUUUAUUUAUAUUAGUAUAAUAAAUCUUUAUAAACAAGAUUUUAUUAUUUUAGG